UUGUAUCUCGGGGACUCCGACAGCCACGGGAGCUCUUUUACCUGUAGUGUCUUUGUGGAAUAUCCAAUGUUUGAUCACUCAGAAACAUUGGUCUGUUUAUCCAUACGAGAUAACAGCAGUAACGGGCUGCGUUAGGCGAUCGUGGAUUCCGUGGGACAUUGUGAAAUAGUCUUUUACAGUGGCUAUCAGAUUGUGUUCGUGUAAAGUGCUGAGAUUUCAACGUCGAUCGCGUCACCCGGAUUUGGACUAAUUUCAGGGCAGACGGUGUAACAUUUGUGUUCUUGAGUUGACGCGCGUAUUCGAAGUGAAAUCGGUGGAGGGAAAUGUCUACAGAUUCUCCUUAAUAUGACAGCAGACUAGAACUGACGCUUUUCUCGUUGACCGGUUAACACUUCAGUGGUGGCCACUUCUCUAUCUGUGGGUCGCCUGCACAGCUGCCAAGAUACCUUAUCAAAACCAAACCAUGGUCCCUGGGACUCCGGCAGCGAUGCUCCCAGCUUCGGAGGCGGCCAAGAUCUAUCAGACUAACUACGUUCGGAACUCGCGCGCUAUUGGCGUGCUGUGGGCAAUAUUCACCAUACUGUUUGCUAUUGUCAACGUAGUGUGUUUCAUCCAGCCCUACUGGAUCGGGGAUGGCGUGGACACCCCGCAGGGCGGCUACUUCGGCCUCUUCCACUACUGCAUAGGUAACGGGCUGUCCCGAGAGCUCACGUGCAAGGGCAGCUUCACCGAUUUCAGCACCAUCCCCUCCGGUGCUUUCAAGGCUGCGUCGUUCUUCAUCGGGAUGUCCAUGGCCCUCGUGCUCUCCUGCAUCGGCUGCUUCGCCUUGUUCUUCUUCUGCAGCACUGCCACCGUCUACAAGAUCUGCGGCUGGAUACAACUUUCCGCAGGGACGUGUCUGGUGCUGGGCUGUAUGAUCUACCCGGAUGGCUGGGACUCGGACGAGGUGAAGAGGAUGUGCGGUGAGCAGACGGGGAAGUACACCAUCGGAGCGUGCUCGGUGCGCUGGGCCUACAUCCUGGCCAUCAUGGGCAUCAUGGACGCCAUGAUCCUCUCCUUCCUGGCCUUCGUGCUGGGCAACCGCCAGGACGGCCUCAUGGCCGAGGAGCUGCUCAGCGACAAAAGUGCUAAUGCAUAAUUGAAGGACCAAUUCAAACAGAUCUCACUGCCCAGAGAGGGAG